AUACCGUCGUCUUAUCGCGGAGUGUUGUUUAAAUAAAAAUCUAAUAAAGUAAUGAGGUUGGAUUCAGCCUCUUAUAUUUUUGUUUUAUUUAUUUAGUUUUAUUUUUUGUUAAAUUCCGACCGCUUUCAGAAUGCUAUAAGUCUUGACACGAUUUCAAUUGUCAUUAUCGAACGCCCGGUGCUAUGACGAUUUCCAAACAUUCAACUUCCGGAUAAUGUUCCAGGUACACAAGUGCCUUAAAUUUCUCUGGUUUUGACUUGUUAAAAUGGAACCAAAGCGACCUAGACUUCCAAUGACUUGGACUUUAAGACCAGUGUUGCCAGAGAAUGUAACGACUGAUAAUAUUAUCACAGUAAAUGUCUUUGUAGACACUAUUAUUAAUCGAACCUCCACCAGCAAAAUCGUUAAGAGUCUUGGACAAUUGUCUGUGAUAAAUUCUUUGACUCAUCUUAAACGCGUUAAUAAUCAAACUAUCAUACUUAUGUUAGCCAACGAUUUAAAUUCAGAUCAGUGUGUGGCAGAGUUGAAAAACAGAGGGUUUGAUUUUGAUGGCCUAUCAGGUCGACCUAAGAUUGUACCAGUCCCGGCGUGCAUGCCAAAGACAUGUAGCCAGAACCUGCAAGCUCGUAAGCUGUGGCCAUGCAACUUUCAUCCAGAUAAGCGACUAGAGUCAAUAUUGUGUGGUGAAUUCUUUAAUCAACUUCAACUUGCUACUAUUGAUCAAUACAUGAGAACGGCGUUGUCAUGUGCGGCUGGUGGAGUAGGUGCUGUGGUGGUCGAUCCUUUGAACGAUCUAAUUGUAGCGCAAAGUGGUGAUUUCCGUGUCGAACACCCUGUAAAGCAUGCGAUAAUGUGUGUGGUAGAUAAAGUUGCCAAGGUUCAAGGAGGCGGUGCAUGGAACUCCUCGUCUAACAUAGCUAAAACAUCUAGUGUCUCUACUGAUGACAAGACUGGGCCGUAUUUAUGCACGGGAUACGAUGUGUAUGUAACCAAAGAACCAUGUGUGAUGUGUGCGAUGGCAUUGGUGCACAGCAGAGCGAGGAGAGUGUUCUAUGGUUAUGCAAAUGACAGCGAGCCCGGGGGCUUAGGUGGAUCGGUCAGCGUACAUCUCCUCAAAGGAAUAAAUCAUCGAUUUGAGGUUUUUGCCGGUGUCUUAGAAGAAGAGUGCAGAACAGCAGCAUUGGAAUUGCAUACCAAAAAUGAUGUUCAGAACAAAAAACCCGCAGAGCAAUAAAUUGUAAAUUACAAUUAAUUACAAAUAAAAUCCACACAAAUUUUUGUA